AUGUUCUACAAUGGAGAUUUGCAGAGUGCCAUAGAAACGGCUCUUCGCGAAAGAAAGGCUGUUCUGUGCUUUGUGUCUGAUCGCAGUACACAAGCCAGCACGGAAUGGGAAGCAGUCUUGAGGGAUCCAUCCAUAUCCCCGGCCGUGACCUCGCAAGCUGUCGCGGUUCUGCUCUACAAGGACUCUACAGAAGCCGGCUUCCUCACCUCAAUCUGCCCCAUUAACAGCACACCUGCAAUCAUCGUGAUCAAGAAUGCGCGGGUCCAAGAAAAUCUCCAGUCCGCAGACGUAUCGACCGAGCAGCUGAAGUCUCGCCUGGCCUCUGCUUUUGGCAUCCAACAAGAUGGAGACGGAGGGUCUGUUCAGCAGCCCGAGCCCCAGCAAUCUGAACCUGAAGACGAGUCCGACGAGUACCUCCACCUUGAGCCCGCGUCUGGGGAUCCGAACAAUGCCUACGACGCCCUGCGAAACCAUACCCAGAAGCUCCUAAACGACGGCAAUUCUCCUGCAGAGAUUUUUCAGACCCAAUUGGCGCUUCUUAGCAAUAUCCCCAUCCUUCGCGCAGAAUUGGGACGCUUGCGACACAUAAAAGAACUGUCGGAAUAUGCUAGAUCAAGACUUCUGCGGCUUCCAGCUGCUGCCCUCGGGAUCCCGGUGCAGGAUGGCCUUACUCCGUCACAAGCCACUACUUCCCCUGAAUCGUAUCAAUCUAUGCCGUCACGACCGUCGUCAAAUCCACAAGUGCCCGUGCCCGCAGGAGAACGAGUUUAUCCUCCACAGACUCGCGCGACAUUGUCGCCUUCCCCUUCAUCAGCACGGUCAACACACACCGAACCUCCAGCUCCAGCUCCCAUUCCGCCACCAUCGAGCUCUAAUGCGGAAAUUGACUCCAAACAAAAAGCCCAAAGGGCAGAGUACAUCAAAAUGCAACGAGAGCGCGAACAGAAACAACGCGAGGAGCGUGAAAGGAUCAAAGCUCAAAUCAAAGCGGAUCGGGAGGAGAGGCGGUUGAUGGAUGAGAUGAAGAAGCAUGGUCAAACGCAGGAGAAUCCAACUUCUUCAGCCUCCUCUUCGUAUGGUAGAUCAAAAACAUCAAGAACGAAUGCCCGGGCGGAUGUGAGGGUGCAAGUCCGCACAUUUGAUGGGUCAACCUUGCGCAACACAUUCCCUCCCACCUCAACCAUCACGAAAGAAAUUCGUCCCUGGAUCGACUCUGCCAGCUCUUCCUCUUCACCCGACAGGACAAGCGGCGUGCCAUACAAUCUCAAGCUCAUCCUGACGCCCCUCCCCAAUCGCACAAUUGAAGCGGGGGAAGAAGAGGCCGAGCUCUCCGACCUAGGCAUCGUGGGGAGUUGCACCUUUGUCAUGGUCCCGGUAACAGGAUACGUUGAGUCGUAUUCUUCCGGCGGUAUGGGAAGCGGACUGCUCGGAGGAGUGGUGACGGGAGGGUAUAAUCUCGUCAGCGGGGCGGCGGGGAUGGUCUUUGGAGGCGUACGCUCACUGCUUGGGUAUGGCUCGGAGAAUGCAGAACAGAUAUCGGCUGCCGGCGGUCGAAGUGAGAAAGCGGAUCAUCAUCCUCCGGGCGCUGGUGGUUCUGGGACUGGGAACAACGUCCGGAUCCGCACACUGGCUGAUCAACGCGCCGAAGAGGCUGCGAAGAGAGACCAGCAGUUUUAUAACGGCAACCAGCUCAAUUUCCAGCCCAACGACGACGCUGACGACCAUAAGAAAGACUGA